AUGAAGUCAUUCAUUGCCCCCCUCUCCCUCCUCUCGCUCGCUCUGUCCGGCCUCAGUACCGCGGCCACCAUCCCCACAAAGUCCCUCACCAAACGCUCCGACUUCUGUGACCAGUGGGGCUCCAUCCAGACCGGCAGCUAUAUACUGUACAAUAACCUCUGGGGCCAGAGCUACGACACCUCUGGCACACAGUGCACCGGUGUCGACUCGCUGAGCGGCUCCAACAUCGCCUGGCACUCGUCGUGGUCCUGGUCAGGUUCAUCCAGCCAGGUGAAGAGCUUUGCCAAUGUGGCCCUGCAGUUUACGGCCAAGCAGCUGAGUGCUGUUAGCAGCAUUAAGUCUGCUUUCAAGUGGAGUUCCUCCACCACCGACGUCGUCGCCGACGUCGCCUACGAUAUGUUCCUCAGCUCGACCGCUGACGGAGACAACGAGUACGAGAUCAUGGUCUGGCUCGCGGCGCUGGGCGGUGCCGGCCCCAUCUCCUCGACUGGCUCGGCCAUCGCGACCACCACCAUCAACGGAGUCAGCUGGAACUUGUACGAGGGCAAGAACGGCGAUAUGACUGUGUACAGCUUCGUCGCUUCGUCGACCGUCAACAGCUUCUCGGGUGAUAUGCUUGAGUUCUUCACCUACCUCGAGAACAACCAGGGUCUCAGCAAGAGCUUGUAUCUGGUUGAUGUACAGGCUGGUACCGAGCCGUUUACCGGCACGGCCAAGCUGACUGUUUCUUCUUACUCUGCUGUUGUUGCGUAA